AUGUCGCCGUUGAUCCAGUCAUCACAUACACAAACUCGAUCUUACAAUACUCGCAAAUCACCACGACUCCAUCAGCAACAGCUAGAAAGAACAGAAGAAGCACGCACGUUAGAAAGAAUGUUCACACGAGAGUGGAAGAUUGGUGAUGUGUAUGCUCCCCACGAUCUGAGCGCAGCAGAAGCACGGAAAUGGAGGUCGAAAAGGGCUCCUGACAAGGACGUCUUUGAUGUGCUAUCCAUCAACCCCCUUGACCUAUACAAAAACUUCUCUGUCAUGUCCGAAUUCAUCACAGAUAUGGGCCGAAUUAAACCUCGAUCGUUAACAGGCUUACGGCGCGUCAACCAACGUCGAGUCGCCAAAGCUGUCAAGAGAGCAGUGGCCAUGGGCCUCAUGCCGAGUGUGUACAAACACCCAGAAAUCCUUAAGGAACAAAAUAGGAGGGAUAAGGAAAGCUUCCUAGCUCCUUCGUAA